UACAGAGAGGCUACAGGCUGCAAGAGAGGACAGAUCAAGUUCUCCGUGAUGCAGCCUGGUACUCAUGUCUGGCCUCAUACUGGACCCACCAACUGCAGACUGAGGAUCCACCUGGGCCUGGUGGUCCCCCCAGAGGGCUGCCGGAUCCGGGUCACCAACCAGACCAGGAGGUGGGAGGAGGGCCGUGUCCUGGUCUUUGAUGACUCCUUUGAACAUGAGGUCUGGCAGGACGCCUCCAGCUUCCGUUUGAUCCUCAUCGUCGACGUGUGGCACCCGGAGCUCACGGCCCCGCAGCGCCAGGGCCUGACCCCCAUCUAGACCCCCAUCCAGACCUGGACCCCCAUCUAGACCCCCAUCCAGACCCCCAUCUAGACCUGGACCCCCAUCCAGACCUGGACCCCCAUCUAGACCCCCAUCCAGACCCCCAUC